UGCAAUAUAUUAUAGUUCAUGCAAUUGUCCAGUUUAUGUUAUGUAGUAUAAUGAGUAUGUUUGUAUAUAAUAUUGUCAAAAUAGUGACAAUGUUGUGAAAUAAAAUAUAAAUUUUAUAUCUUUUUAUUAUUAAUAAACAUUUGUAUUUCUAUUUAGUAACAUAAUGUCAACAGGAAAUUCAAAAAAACAACGGAUCGUGAAUGUUCUCCGUAAAUUUAAAUUUGAAGAAUUAGAAAAUGCUGUAUUACCAGUUUUUCCAGAAACAACGUGGAAUCAUGUGAGGUCCCAAUUGAUAAAACAUCAUGAAAAUUUUACAACUGCGAAUGUUGCUGCUAUUUUAGAAGAAAUAAUAAAUGAUACUAAAAUACAAGAGAAAGUAUUAAGACAACGAUUAAUGAAAUUAGAAUUAAUUGACAUAAGUAGACAUAAACGAAAGCAUUGGUAUACUUACAGUGUAUCUGACUCUAAUAAUGAGCCUCUUCACAUUGGGACUGGAGAUUUUAAACAAAGUGUAAAGGAAAAACUUGAUAGACAAAAAUUAUUGUCUACAAAAAUAGAAGUCGAUGCCAUAGUUUUUAAUGGUAUCAUGUACUUAAGUAUAAAAUAUAUAAAGAGGAAUAAUGUAAAAGUCCCAGCAAAUUAUUUUGCUUUAUUCUUGGACCAAAAGUAUUUAUUUUCUGCCAAGAAAAAUCCCCCAAACAUCUUUAUAGAUGCAAUAACUCAUAGUAUGGGCUAUAAUAAACACAAAAGCAUUGAUUUAAGAGGUAAAGAUCUUAUGUCUUUAAUGAGAUUACUUCGACUACGAAUACAAGGCGCUUUAAGUGCAGCAGAUAUCAUAAAUAAAACAACGUACCAAAAUGCUCAACCUAUGAUCAGGGAUACGGGUAUUGAUUAUACACAAGAAAGACAAAGGAGAAAUUUUACAGAAAAUUGUUUUGGUGUAAAUCCACCAACAUUAGAUACACUCGUUGUUAGGGGACCAAAUAGUUCUAUUAGUGAUAGAGAAGUAGCAUCACGAUUAACAAAUGAUAUUAUUCAAGUAGGGUGGGAGUUUCGUAGCGAAGAUGUAAUUAUGUUUUUAACAACUUUAUUUGAAAGAGGAAUACUUCUUGCUCCUUUACCUCCUUAUAUUUCUAAUCUUAUGUCAAUGGGAAGGAAUGAGUUGACUCUUGAAGAGUAACAAUUUUGUAAUAUUUAGAAAAAAUAAAUGAUAUUCAUAAUAUUGCUUUAUAAUAUAUCAUUUUCAAUUACAAUGCUGUAAAAUUAAAAAAUACAAAAGAAAUAAAAUAUUAUAAGCUGUACAAAUAUAAUAUAACAAAAUAACAAAUAAUUUUUAAUAAGUUAAUAUACUUGUAAAAAUAUUAAAAAAAUAGUAUUUAAACUUAAUACUGAAUGACAAAUCUCAGACAGUUCGACAGAUUGUAUAAAAUUAUAAUUAAUACUGACAGCGCAAAUUAUUCAUAAUAUCAUUGCUUUAAUCAUUUAUAAAUUAUUUAUCAUUAUAACAUUUAAAUCUUUUUUCACAUUAUACCAAAAAAUAUUUUAUACAAGUAAAAUUUAUUUUUAUCACAAUUUACAUAUUUAUCAUAAAAAUUACAGAUGAAUACACAAAAGAUAAUGAUAUAAAAGAAUAAAAUAUCAUUAUUUGUUUUUUAACUUUCGCUUUUCUAAAAACGUCUGAAUUUAGUCAACAAAAUUUUGCUUGUAUCAAGUAUUCUAUUAGUGAAUGUAGCACAUCUUGACAAGUGUAUGAUAUUAAUUUAGUGAAAUGUAGAACAUUUAAAAUAAAUUUGUGCUAAUAAAUGAAGCUAUAGAUAACUAGAAAUUUUAUCUUUAUUUUUUAAUUUAUUUUAAGAAUACAUUCAUACAUUUUUAUUAUUUUAGAAAUUAAUAUUCUUUUAUUAAUAUAAUCUAUGAUUCAUUGUCAUUAUUAAUUUGAUAUUAAAGUCGAUUUAAAUGUAAAAAUGAGUGGUAUGUACUAUUUAUAUGUUACAGUGGGUUGAUUAUUUGCAGAUGUUAAUGACUUAAAUAAUUUUAAAGCACCAUAUACGUGUUAGAAAAUAAUAUUUUCAUAUUAAUUAUAUUAAUAUAUUAUAAUUACAUAUAUUCAUUAUCAUCAGAUGUUUCAUCAGGAUCUCCAGCCUCUGAUUGACAUUUUUCACAAGAACAAAUAAACAAGUAGUAAGAUUUUAAAGCUUUUUGUCUAGAGUGUCUACUUCUAAGUUCACAAUCUUCAAGAUAACUUAUACAAAUUUCUUCUCCAGGUUGAAUAUCACGAGUAGCUUUUAAUACUAAGACAUUAUUUGAAUAAGGGAACUCGACAUCUGCAUUUGAUAAACAGCUAUGAUUUAUUUUAGAUUGAAGGACAUAGAGGCCAGAACCUUCAUUAUUCAGAAAUGAACCAACCACUGAGGAAAAAUAAUAUUAUAUUACAAUUUAUAAUGCUUAAGCUUAAUGAGAAAUAUAAUUUUUAUUGUACAUACCUUCUUUCAUAUCAUCAUAAAGUCUAUUAAUAAAUUUAUUAAUGUGUA